AUUUACUCUAAGAAAAUAAUGCAUUAAAAAUGGAAUCGCCUGUGGACGAAGAUGUUAGUAACUCGCAACACAAUACCGUAAUAAAUCAUGGAUUUCCGCUGCAGUACAUUUUUCGAAGGCUAGGCAUUGACAAUAAGGCAAUUCGGAAAUAAAGGAAACGGUGAAAGUUUUUGAAUAGGAAAACUCUUGCAAACCUCGAACGGUCGUGUUUCAGGUAUCCUGCAAGUCAUAAUUUGGAGACCCGUUAUCCUUUUCGCACUAAGCUCCGUUCAGGACACGUGUGACUUUAAAGCUGACGAAUAUGACCUUGAACCCAUUAGCAAUUAAAGGAAAUGAUUACUACGAAUGAUUAUAGGUGUUCCGUUUUUGGAACAAUCUCUACAUGGUAAAUUUAAUGUUUAAGUAUGUAAAUACCACAAACAGAAAUUUGUCUACUAAAGGUUCGUUAAAAUUACAAGAAAAUUGAACUUUUUCUUUUUUUAUUAGUUAUAAAAUUCAUCGACGCGUCGUUAAUGGGUACGAAGUACAUCACCAGAUUUAUCAGUUGCUUGGAAUUAUGGUAAUGUAUAACAUCGUAUUGUGCGAAUCAUAUUGAUGGAAUCGAUUUGAAAAUGAAGAACGGAAAUCAAAUAACCGCGGAAUCUUUAAAAGAACAAGGUGUCGAGUAUGCUUUUGGUAUAAUGGGACAUCCUGUAAUUGAACUAGCACUAUCCAUACAGAUGGCGGGAAUUCAAUAUCUUGGAUUUAGAAAUGAGCAAGCUGCAUGCUAUGCUGCGCAAGCUUACGGAUAUUUAACGAGAAAACCAGCCGUCGUACUGUGCGUUUCUGGACCAGGAUUGCUUCAUGUUAUCGGUGGUAUGGCGAACGCUCAAAUAAAUUGCUGGCCGCUCAUAGUACUUGGUGGAUCAUGUGCUCAAGAUCAUGAGGGCGUCGGAGGUUUUCAGGAAUGGCCGCAGGUAGAAUCCAGUAAACCCUAUUGUAAAUAUGCUGCCCGGCCGCCGUGUGCAGCGGUAAUACCGCUUCAUGUGGAAAAGGCCGUCCGACUUUCUACCUACGGUCGACCAGGUGCUACGUACCUGGAUUUACCAGCUACUUUAUUAAUUCAAUCAAUCAACAAAGAAAACAUUUAUAAAGUUGCAUCGUGUCCACCACCGCCACUGAUAUUUCCCGAUCAACGAUUAGUCCAACAAGCAGCUAAUUUGCUUAUGAGAGCAAGGAAACCAUUGUUGAUUAUAGGAAAAGGAGCAGCCUAUGGAAGAGCAGAGAAUGAAGUCCGUAAUAUGGUAUAUUUAACCGGUAUUCCUUUCCUCCCGAUGCCGAUGGGAAAAGGAGUCGUUCCAGACACGAAUGAACGAUGCGUUUCUAGUGCUAGAACAUUUGCAUUACAACAAAGCGAUGUCAUUUUAUUACUAGGUGCUAGAUUAAAUUGGAUGUUACACUUUGGCAAGCCACCCCGUUUCCAGCCUGAUGUUAAAAUGAUACAGGUCGAUUUGUGUCCAGAGGAACUGCACAAUUCUGUUCCUUCUGCAAUCGCAAUUCAAUCUGAUAUAUCUACAACUGUAGAUAGUCUUGUUACCAUUUUGAAAGAACGUAAAUGGUUUGUUGAAGAAAAUAGUCCAUGGUGGAAAGAUUUACUAGCCAAAUCAAAUAAAAAUAGAGCUAUAAUUCAAAAAAUGUCAAUGGAUGUUUCGGUACCGUUAAAUUAUUAUGCCGUUUUUAAACAUAUUCAAGAUAUAAUUCCAUCUGAUUGUAUUAUUUGCUCAGAAGGAGCUAAUACAAUGGAUAUAGGAAAAACGAUUUUAUUAAAUAAUCAACCCCGUCACAGACUAGAUGCUGCUACCUUUGGUACAAUGGGGGUUGGUUUGGGGUUUGCUAUAGCAGCCGCUCUUUAUUGUAAAAAAAAUGCUCCCACAAAAAGAGUUAUUUGUGUAGAAGGAGACAGUGCAUUUGGAUUUUCUGGCAUGGAAAUUGAGACAAUGUUUAGGUAUAAACUACCUAUUAUUGUCAUCAUUAUAAAUAAUAAUGGUAUUUAUGGUGGCCUGGAUAAUGAAACAUUUAGACAAAUACAAGCUUCAGGAGAACCAACACAGGUAAUACCGCCAAAUUCUUUAACAUCAGAAACACAUUAUGAAAAAAUGUUAGAGAUGUUUGGUCGCAAAGGUCACUUCUGCACCACUGUACAAGAUAUACAACGUGCACUCAGAAUAUGCCUUCAAGUCAAUGAUUCUCCUAGCAUGAUAAACAUUAUGAUUAAUCCCCAGGCUGAACGUAAACAACAAAAGUUUGAUUGGUUGACAGAAUCAAAGCUUUAAUAAUGAAAAGCAGGUAAAGGUUAAAAAAAUAUGAACUUUGUACUUGUUUCUACUCUUUGUAUAAGACAAUUUGUAAAUAUAAAUAUACAAAAUGUUUA